AUGUUCUAAUUCAAGGCCAAGAGAGCGACAUUAAUCUCUUGCUCAGAAAAAGGACCAAUCCCCAGACUUAAAAAGAUCUACUUUUAAAUAAUCAUCUACAUUCAUGAUAGCUGCUUUGAUGUUUCCAUUAAUCAUGAAGACAUUACCUAUGGAAUUAUGGGAUUUGAGCAUCAGCCAAGCAAAAAAGAUUCCAGGAGAAAGCGAUAAUAUCGAAAGAGAAUCGAAGAGCCUGAGUAACUUAUAAUGAAGCUUAAUUAAAAAGCCAAAUUCACAUAAAAACUUAAGAUUUAACGGAGAAACCAGGAUAUUCAUGAUGUUACCUUUUUCGCCAUUGGAGGGGAACUAAAAAACAAAAAACGGUUCGACUAAGAAGACGUUAAAGUGUCUGAAUCUACAUUAGCAGAAUCUGCUUUUCCAAGUAGCCAAAGUGGAAUUCAAGAAAACAUUGAUGGAUCUUAAAACUCUUAUCAAAUUUUGAAUGAUUCUGACUACCUGCUUUACCAUGAUUUUUCUGAGCAAAAUCGAGCAAAAUUAAUUGAUUGGAUGAUAUUAGUAUUCAAGGUUCUUAAUAAAAGUGUACUCAAGACAUUUUUUUUGGCAAUCUAGAUAUUAGAUAGGUAUUUUAUAAGAAAAUAAGGGAAUGGUCAAAAAGCUAGAAAAUAAGAUUUACACAUCACUGGACUUACCGCUAUUUUAGUCAGUUCAAAAUUUGAAGAUAUCGUGCCCAUUUAUAUGCGGUAGAUAUUGGUUGAUGCGGCUCAUGGUAAGUUUACUCCUGAUCAAAUUAUGACACGUGAGAGGGAUAUAUUAAUAACUCUAGAUUACUGUUUUCACAGAGAUACGAUUCUAGAGGUUUCUACCAUAUUACUGAAGUAAGUUUUUAUCAGUGUAAACGAACCCAAAUUAUCAAAACUUGAAGAAGAUUAAAUCAUGUCACACACUCAUUUUUUAUUGCAGAUGGUGGCAUAUUCUAUUAUUUUCCUCUAGCAUGAAAUCCGCUACUUAUCAUUAGCUAUCAUAUGGCUUUCAUUAAAAUAUCAAAAGACUCAGUCUGCCAAUAAAAACUAAAAUCUAAAUGACAAAAAUAAUAGAAGCAUUUUCCUCCUAGUAGAUUCUAUUGAGAGUAAUUCGCCAAUUAAAAAUGCAAUUAAUGUCUUUAAAAAUGAAUUCAUAAGGCAUAAUCAGUUCGAAAUAAGAAAUAUAAGGUUCAAGAUAGCGGAUCUCUACUCAAACUUUGAUGGCUAUUUCCCAGGUCUGAAAAACAUCAAAAGGAACUAUCCUUAAUAUUUCUGA